AUGAUUGAAUACUGCUCAAAACGAAUCCUCUCCAUUGCCCUUCUCGUCCUCGUUAUACCUACUUUUACUAUCGCAAUUCCUUGUAACCGUAAUCAGUCCUACCAAUUCACAUCUUCGUGUCAGCCAUGUGAUCAGGUCGAUUUGAAGUCUGUACCGGAAUGUAAAGAAACUGGCUUUCGCACCGAACUGUUAUGCCUCAACGGUGAGAACGGUGUCGGAAAAAACCAGACAGGUCAACGUGUAUGGGUCGCCUGCGACCCAACUUCAUUCAGUGACUUGCGCAGUGAAAGGCGAAGUUUUGUUAUUUUUGAGUUUUUCGUUGGCAUCUGCGGAUUGGUCUCGUACGUGUUCGUCCGGAAACAGCACCGAAUACUCGAUCAACGCCUUCUAGAUCGAGUAAAUAGGCAGAUUUUCUCGUCCAGUUAA